UUCCGAUUUUCCCGUAAUUUUUUAUACCCCUACCGUACGUGACCCCAUUCCAGCCAGAUUUUGGUCUCUCAGUUGGUAAUGAACUUCCCAAUUCUGGAGCCAGUGGGACGAGGCUGCCACCGGAGGCUAAGCUAGCUCGUUUGUGCUCCUCUCCGAGGCCGAGCAUGACUCAUCAUAUAUAUACGCGGGGCCCAUCAUUUUCUUCUUCUUUUUCGUUUUCAAUUCUCAUUCGAGGUUUUUGUUUUGGAGAACACUGUGAGAAAGAAUGGCUGCUAAGGCUCUGGGACCGUCGUCGUCCUCGACCGUCAAUUGCACCGUCUGCUUGGAUGACGUGUCCGAUUCCUGUGGCAGAACUGUCGUGAAACUCCGCUGCUCUCAUCUGUUUCAUCUAGAUUGCAUUGGUUCUGCAUUUAAUGUAAAAGGUGCUAUGGAAUGCCCUAAUUGUCGUGAAAUUGAAAAUGGUGUGUGGCGGCAUUUUGAGAAUCAAAGUCCUGAAAUCAUAGAUGAGGAGACUUAUGAUGAGGACGCUGAAGAGUUUGAAAUGCCAACUCAGGGAAUUCAUGGGUGCCCUCAUGGAUGGAUUCAUCCUCAAGCACCUGUUGACUCUUCAGCUGGUUUAGCUUAUCAAGGCAACAAUGAUCAAACUCAUUGCAGCUUUCCCCAGAUGCAGCCAUCAAGCAAUUCACUGUCACCAGUGGUGGAUGCUUCCAUGUCAUCCGGGAUGAGGUCAUCAAAUGGAUCAAGUGGCUGGCUUCCAGCAGGGCACACAGCAGCAUCAUCACAAGAAGAGACCCGGAACGUCAACCCUGAAUCUUUGGCUAACUUGGCUGACCAGCACCUCCUACAACAUGUUCUUGCUCAUGAUCGUAUUGUGGAAAGAUUGAACGCUCAACUCAACCGUAUUCAGGAAAGACUCAACUCUGAAUUUCAUCAAUUCUUCCCUGAUAACACACAUCCAUCUUCGGAUGUGUGAUUAAGCAGCUGGCAGGAUAGAUCAUGCCACAGAGUGCGCAGUGUGCGAUGGAGGCAUGUAUCUAACAAGCUGCACAGCAUUGGAAUUCAAUUAUACCAAAAUUAUCUGGCGCAUUGAAAUAUUUUCUUUCCUAUAAGCACAAGACUUCAAUAACUGAACACCUUUUAGAUUUGGGGAGCCUAUCUAGGAUGCUCGGCUUUGUUUUAGCAGUUCCCUGAAACUGUUAAACUUUUACCGGGUGUCAUUCAGCUAUUUGAUGAAUUCGUUUUAUGCGCAUAUCUUCUUAGUAACUUAUUUGAUGUUUAACUGCAAUAAGAAUACAUGCGAAAAAAAAUUUGUCUA